GUGGGUAUAAGCACACGAGCAGUUCAUGAGUCUCGUCCAAAGCAGGAGAGCAGCGCGCAGGCGACGGGAUGAGGAGGAGCGCGAUGCCCACAUUCAGUGCCCUCUUUCUGCUCGGGGUCUUACUGACAGGGACUGGAGCCAUGCGGAAAAACAAGGGAGCGGGGAUUCCUGACGGGGAAAGGGACAAGGAGAACGGCGUGGAGAGCCCGUGCGAGGUUAAGACCGUAACAGUGUCUACCCUGCCCGUUCUCCGGGAAAAUGAGUUCAGUUUCACCGGUGGAGGUUCUGGGAGCGUUGCUGGUGGAGGAGGUGUUGGUGGUGGCGGUGGAGGAGGAGGGGAGUCUCGGCUUCUGCUUUUCGUCAGGACGGACGUACCUGGAAGAAUCUCUGUUUUGGAUGACCUCGACAAUACCGCUCUCCCGUACUUCACGCUGGAGAUGUCGGGGACGGGUGCGGAGAUCUCACUGGUGCACUGGAAGCAGCAGUGGCUGGAGAACGGGACCCUGUACUUCCACGUGUCCCUCAGCAGCGCGGAGCAGCUGUCCCAGGCCACCCCGCCCCCUGCCAGUCAGCCCGCCCACGUCCUGCACGAGCACGUGCACCUGCUGCACAUCUCCGUCAUGGGAGGACUGAUCGCGCUGCUGUUGCUGAUCCUGCUCUUCACCAUGGUUCUGUACGCGCGUCGACACUGGUGCAAGCGAAGACGUGCCCCGCAGAAGAGCGCCAGCACCGAGGCCACGCACGAGAUCCACUACAUCCCGUCGGUUCUGCUGGGUCCGCAGGCCCGGGACAGCUUCCGCGGGUCGCGGCUGCAGCAGCACGGCUCCGUCAUCGGCUUGCCCAUCCGCGAGACGCCCAUCCUGGACAACUACGACUGCGAGGAGGACGAGCCCCUGGAGCAGCAGCCCGAUCCGCCGCGCGGACAGACAGCCGACUGCAAGCGGGACGAGGACUUCAUCUGCCAGAUGGGCCGCUCCACGGGAAGCCUCGGCAAUGGAGACGGCCACCGCAAGCUCAGCAUGGACAAGAGAGCCCUGGACCCCAAACAGGAGACGGUGGAAGCGCUGAUGCUCAAGUUCAAGGAGAGCUUCCGCACCAACACGCCCAUAGAGAUCGCUCACCUGCAGCAGGUCACACGCAGUGCCUCCACUGGCAGGAGGAGGAGACGCAGCCGCUCCAGAGGUGGGGGGGUGUUCGGCCACCCAGAUGAUUCAGGGUCGGACGCUGAUGACGAAACACAGCUGAAGUUCUACACAGAACACAGAGGACGCCGACGCAGCAAAGGUUCCCCACGCAGCCCGGUGAAUAAGGUUACUCUGACUCUCCUCACCGUCAGCACGUGUGUGCUGGCCGUGGUGUACAGCAGCCAGCUGUCCUGCCCCCUCACCGUCAGGGUGACCCUGCACGUCCCGGAGCACUUCAUCGCUGAUGGAAGCAGUUUUGUGGUCAGCGUGGGCAGUUACCUGGACGUGUCGGACUGGCUGAAUCCUGCCAAACUGACCCUCUACUACCAAAGCAACUCCAGCUCUCAGUGGGUGAGGGACUACUGUGGCCAGAGGACCACUGACCCCUGCGAGCAGCUGUGUGACCAGGACACAGGUGAAUGCAGCUGCCACGAGGGCUACUCCCCCGACCCCGUCCACACGCACCUCUGCGUCCGCAGCGACUGGGGACGCAACGAAGGUCCCUGGCCCUACACUAACCUGGAGAGAGGCUAUGACCUGGUCACUGGGGAGCAAGCACCAGAAAAAAUAUUCAGGACCACUUACAGCCUGGGGCAGGGCCUGUGGCUGCCGGUCAGUAAGAGCUUCGUGGUUCCCCCUGUAGAGCUGUCAAUCAACCCACUGGCCAGCUGCAAGACAGACGUUCUGGUCACCGAGGAUCCUGGGGAUGUCCGGGAGGAGGCCAUCAUGUCCACAUACUUCGAGACGGUGGACGACCUGCUCUCCUCGUUUGGCCCGGUUCGAGACUGUUCCAAAGACAACGGCGGCUGCAAGAAGAACUUCAAGUGUGUUUCGGACCGGCGCGUGGAUUCCUCAGGCUGCAUGUGUCCUGAAGGCUUGCGGCCGAUGAAGGAUGGGUCAGGUUGCUAUGACUACUCGAAGGGCACAGACUGCUCGGACGGGUUUAACGGGGGCUGUGAGCAGCUGUGCCUCCAGCAGCUGGUGCCCCUCCAAGGUGACCCCACCUCCAGCAACGUGCUCAUGUUCUGUGGGUGUGUAGAGGAGUACAGGUUGGCUCCGGACGGGCGGACAUGCGUGCUGCAGUCAGAGACAUGUGAGGGCCCGUCCUGCCAGAGAGGCGACGCCCGCUUUAAUGACACCCUCUUUGGAGAGAUGCUGCACGGCUACAACAACAAGACCCAGCAGGUGAACCUUGGGCAGGUGUUUCAGAUGACCUUCAGGGACAACAACUUCAUCAAGGACUUCCCCCAGCUGGCCGACGGGCUGAUGGUCAUUCCUCUGCCCGUGGAGGAGCAGUGCAGGGGAGUCCUGUCUGAGCCACAACCCAACCUGCAGCUGCUCACAGGAGAUGCCCAGUUCAACGAGGCAAUGGGAUAUCCCAUGGUGCAGCAGUGGAGAGUCCGCAGCAACCUGUACAAGGUGAAGCUCAGUGCCAUCACACUCUCAGCAGGUUUCUCUAAGGUGCUGAAGGUGCUUAAUGCUGACAGCAGCAGGGAGGAGCUGCUCUCCUUCAUCCAGCAGUACGGCAGCCACUACGUGUCUGAGGCGCUGUACGGCUCUGAGCUCACCUGCAACAUCUACUUCCCCAGCAAGAAGGUGCAGCAGCAGCUCUGGCUCCAGUACCAGAAAGAGACCACCGAUCUGGGCAGCCGGAGGGAGCUGAGGUCCUUGCCCUUCAUCAGCUACCUGACGGGCCUGCUGACCGCGCAGCGGCUGUCGGACGACCACCUGGUGAGCGGCGUGGAGAUCCGCUGCGAGGAGAAGGGCCGCUGCCCCUCCGCCUGCCACCUGUGCCGCCGCCCGGGCCUGGAGCAGCCCAGCCCCACACCUGUGCUGCUGGAGGUCACCCGCAUCGUGCCUCUCUACAGCCUGGUGCAGGACAAUGUCACCAAGGAGGCCUUCCGAAGUGCAGCUAUGAGCUCAUACUGGUGCGCAGGGAAAGGCGAUGUCAUUGACAACUGGUGCCGCUGUGACCUCAGCGCCUUCAGCAAAGACGGCCUGCCCAGCUGCAGCCCCCUGCGCCAGCCUGUCCUGCGCUUGGCCCCUCACCUGGAGCCGUCCAGCACCAUGGUGGCCCUGGAAUGGCAGGACGUGGAGCCCCUCAUCGGCUGCAAGGUGUCUGACUACAUCGUCCAGCACAAGAAGGUGGAGGACCCGUCAGAGGCGGAGAUUUACACAGGGGAGGUGCUGAGUUUUGCAGACGACCUUCUCACGGGACUGGGGUCUUCCUGCGUUGCGGCGGGGAAACGCCAUGGUGACCACCCACACUCCAUCCUCUACUCGCUGGUGUUCAAGUGCUUGGAGCCCGACAGCCUUUACAAGUUUACGCUGUAUGCCAUCGACAGCCGAGGGCGGCGCUCUGAGUCCAGCUUCGUCUUCGUCAGGACCUCCUGCCCCAUGGUGGACGACAUCAGAGCGGAGGAGAUUGCAGACAAAGUGUACAACCUGUACAACGGCUACACCAGCGGGAAGGAGCAGCAGACGGCCUACAACACGCUGAUGGAGAUCUCUCCCCCCAUGCUCUACCGCGUCCAGCACCACUACAACUCCCACUACGAGAAGUUUGGCGACUUCGUGUGGCGGAGUGAGGAUGAGCUGGGCCCCAGGAAAGCGCACCUGAUCCUGCGGAGGGUGGAGCGGAUCAGCCGGUACUGCGGGGCCCUCCUGCGGAGUGGCUACAUCCAGAGCCGCACCGACACCGUGCCCUACAGCUACUGCCGGAGGGAUGAGCUGCAGCCGGCCGGCGCCUCCUGGCACGGCUCCCUGCAGGAGACACAGGUAUCCUGUGUCGAGAAGCUCAUGUCCGUCCCGCGCAACACCUACGGAGACUCCAAACUGCGAUGAGAGGCCACACCUCGCCCCCAUGUGGGAAUGCCCCGCCCCUUCAGCAAGGUGCCCCCCCUCCACCCCUCCCAACACACAGACACCCCUCCCCUCCUAGCUCAGAAUCCCCCAUACCCCUCUCUGGCCUCUCUCGCCAAAUUAACGGCCAACAGAACUUUGGAGCCGCAAGAAAUGGAAAAAAAAAAAAAUCAAGAAGUAUCUCUGGAGAAACUGUCAACUUCCUUUUAAAAGUAGCUUCAAACCGCAGGUACAAUGAAGAGAAACACUAAAAGAUAUAACAGUAUGAUUAAGAACAUUUUAUCUGCAUUCAGUAGAAAGAACACUGAACAGAUGAGAUCAAAGGGCAUGUGAAUGACCCCACCCCUGCUGAAGGAGGAUUGGUUGGGGACUGAAAUUAUGUUAUAAUGUAGAAUUGCAUUAUUCUUCUCAAGGCAAAUACUACGUUUGCAUACUAAACCAAUGAAGACAAACCAAGAACCAACCAACAAACCAAUGGAGAAGAACCAACCAACAGCAUCAUGGAUUGGGAAGGGGACGUACUGGAUGAUGUGCAUUUGACCUUUUAUAAUACUUGAAUCUUUGGCCACAGACAGCUGUCCAUCAACGCUGAUACAGUCCAUGCUCAUUGCAUUGCUAACAGAGCAGCUCACCUAGCUUUGAGGGCGGAGUCCUCCCUCACCUCAGAGUAACGGGAGCCCCACCGGGACGGUGAGGCGGCUCGGAGACAUUGUUCCUGCAUCUGUGUCUCACGGCCUUUGACUGUAAAGGAUCCUAAGGCUGAUAAGAUACACUCAUACAGAGGACAGUCUGUGUGUGGGACCAGACACACACAGAGACAGAGAACA